AAGUUAACUUCCGUUUAUCAGGCAUUUGCAUGUGCUUGACAACUGAGUUUUGUAAGACGGAUUGUGUCCAUUCUAAGAGUAGAUUAGACUCUAUUCUAUAGAUCUAGAUCUUAUAUUAUAUAUUUAAAAUUUAAGAAUGGCUGCCAUCAAAUCUCUAAAUCCUAAAGCUGAGGUAGCUAGGUCUGCACAGGCUCUAGCAGUUAACAUAUCGGCUGCAAAAGGACUUCAGGAUGUUUUACGUACAAAUCUAGGACCCAAGGGAACCAUGAAAAUGCUAGUGUCUGGGUCUGGAGAUAUCAAGUUAACCAAGGAUGGCAAUGUUCUUCUUCAUGAGAUGCAAAUACAAAACCCAACGGCCUCUUUGAUUGCACGUGUGGCCACUGCCCAAGAUGAUAUAACUGGAGAUGGCACCACCUCUAAUGUAUUGAUUAUUGGUGAGCUGUUGAAACAGGCUGAUCUAUAUAUUGCUGAAGGUCUUCAUCCUCGCCUAAUUACUGAAGGGUUUGAAUUAGCACGGAACAAAGCACUGGAAGUUUUAGACCAAGUAAAAGUAAAGAGAGAGAUUGACAGAGAUACUUUGAUCCAAGUUUGUAGGACAUCACUUCGUACAAAAGUUUAUCAGGAGUUGGCAGACCUACUAACUGAACAUGUUGUGGAUGCAAUACUUGCUAUCAAACAACCAACUGGCGCUAUUGAUCUGCACAUGGUAGAGACUAUUGAGAUGAAACAUAAAACAGACAUGGACUCAGUUCUUGUUCGGGGGAUGGUUCUUGAUCAUGGUGCAAGACAUCCUGAUAUGAAAAAGAAUAUAGAGAAUGUUUAUAUUUUAACUUGUAAUGUUUCUUUGGAAUAUGAAAAAACGGAAGUGAACUCAGGAUUUUUUUACAAAAGUGCUGAGGAACGUGAAAAAUUGGUAGCUGCUGAGCGUGACUUUAUUAAUGACAGAGUGAAACGAAUCAUUGAAAUGAAGAAAAAAGUUUGUGAUGGAACAAAUAACAACUUCCUUGUUAUUAAUCAAAAGGGUAUUGAUCCAAUGUCCUUAGACAUGCUAGCUAAAGAAGGAAUUGUUGCUCUUCGUCGUGCAAAACGCAGAAAUAUGGAAAGGGUAGUUCUUGCCUGUGGUGGCAUGGCUGUUAAUUCAGUGGAUGAUCUUGUUCCAGAGUACCUUGGCUGGGCUGGGCAUGUUUACGAACAAGUUUUGGGUGAGGAUAAGUUUACUUUCAUAGAAGACUGCAAAGAUCCACACUCUGUAACUAUUGUUAUCAAAGGACCUAAUUCUCACACUAUUGCUCAGAUCAAAGAUGCCAUCAGAGAUGGAUUGAGGGCUGUGAAAAAUGCCAUAGAUGAUAAUUGUGUUAUACCUGGAGCUGGAGCCUUUGAAAUUGCUGCCUACCAAGAACUAAUGAAAUUUAAAGAUUCAGUUAAAGGCCGUGCCAGAUUAGGUGUUCAAGCUUUUGCUGAGGCUCUCCUUAUCAUUGUGAAAGUGCUGGCUCAGAACUCUGGUCUAGAUCCUCAAGAGGCUAUUGUCAAACUCCAGCAGGAAUAUUUAGGAACUGAACAGGCUGUUGGGCUGGACAUUAAGACAGGGGAGGCCAUGAUUCCUUUGAAUGAAGGUAUUCUGGAUAACUUCAAUGUGAAGAAACAACUCCUUCACUCCUGCACUGUGAUAGCCACUAACCUUUUACUGGUGGAUGAAAUCAUGAGAGCAGGAAUGUCUUCAUUGAAAGGAGAUUCUUGAUUCAUUUUCUUUCUACAGUUUUUAUUUAUAGACACUUUGUAGUUGACUAAAAGAUGAAUAACCAAGUUCCCCAUUUCACAUUUACAAAUCAUUAUUUUUGUUUGUUUCUUUUAAUUUUUUUAUUUGCAAUAAAUAACAUGCUGUUUUAAGUUUUUUA